CCAACCAUGCUUCCGCGCACCUUGCGCACCCGCGGCGCCCUCCGCCCCCUCACCUCCCCCCCCUUCAUCCUCCGCGCCAGCGCCAGCGGCGCCACCGCAACCGCUCACUACUCGUCCACCACACCACCAACGUCCAACACGCCCAACCAAGUGCCCGCCAACGACCCCAAAUCCCGACCCGCGCCGCCCAACGUGUCCGUCACGAACGCGACGCCCGUGUCGUCGGAGGGCCACCACGACGCGGCACUGGUGGAAGCCGUCGAGGUCGGGGAGGAGAUGCGGCGGAUGCAGGCGCCGAAUCGGGAGGGGGUGUGGAGCCGGAGCCAGCAGCGACGGGAGGUUGCGAUGAGUGGGCCUAGGUUUGAGCAGAUGGUUUGGGGGGAUCAGCCCCGACCCUACGCCGCCAUCGAGCUCAUCCACAAACAACCCGUCCGCUGGACCCACAAACGCAUCGUCUCGUGCGACGGCGGCGGCGGUCCCCUCGGCCACCCGCGCAUCUUCAUCAACACGGAUAAGCCGCAGAUCUGCUGGUGCACGUAUUGCGGCGUGCCGUUUGCAAACGAGCAUCACAGGAAGCACCUCGAGUCGCUGCCGCAUACGUCGUACCCGCUCGAGCCGACGGGGGAUAAAUUCGAGGUGGGCGAGACGCAGCGCGUGAGCGAUGAUGUGCUCGGUCAGCGAUAGAAAGAUAGACUACUAACGAAGGGGGGGGGGAUUGAUCUGUAAAAGGGAUUUGUAUAUAUGAUUAGCGCAGAGCGAAUCAGGGAAUGGGAUAAAUGAGGCCAUUUUCUGAUUUGUUUACUUGUUUACUUGUUUGUUUGUUUGUUGUUACAGCGCGAGAGCGCAUGCGCAGCAGUGCAUAUUCACUCAACUCUGACCAGGGAAACAGGGACUUUCCUCGUCCUCUUCAUUUUCUUCGUAGGCUCAUCAUCCCUCAUUCCUCAUGCUUUCAUAGUCACCACCUCCUUCCUUCAUAUCUG